ACGAGGGGCCGCGCGGGAGACGGAGAAAGCCCGAGCGAGCGACUAGCGGACCUCUGCAUGCAACCGGUGGGAGGCCGGCCGGGCUGGCGCUGCGGCUCGGGCUGGAAGCGCGGACCGGCCGGUGGCGGCGGCGGAGCCUCUGAGCUGGCAGGCGGAGGGCUUUCUCCCGCGCCCGCCAGCCCGGCGCGGUCCGAGGAUGCGGGGGGGCGAUGCCCGGGGACAGGGACGCGCUCUGUCACCAGGCGCUGCAGCUGCUGGCCGAGCUCUGUGCCCGAGGGGCCCUGGAGCACGACAGCUGCCAAGAUUUCAUCUACCACCUGCGGGACCGUGCUAGACCCCGGCUCCGAGACCCAGAUAUCUCUGUGAGCCUGCUAACCCUUGUGGUUACCGCCUGUGGUCUUGCCCUCUUUGGUGUCUCUCUCUUCGUGUCUUGGAAACUGUGCUGGGUUCCAUGGCGAGAGCGAGGCCUGUUCUCUGGUGGCAAAGACAACAACCAGGAGCCUCUUAACUACACAGACACAGAGACCAAUGAGCAGGAGAACAGCGAGGACUUCCUAGACCCACCCACACCCUGCCCUGACUCCUCCAUGAAGAUCAGCCACACUUCCCCCGACAUUCCCCUUUCCACCCAGCCAAGUGAUCAGGAGAACUGUGCCCAUGCCAUCCGUGUUCAGCGACAAGUCACAGAGCCAACGCCAUCAGCUCGGCACAACUCAAUCCGAAGACAACUCAACCUGUCGAACCCGGACUUUAAUAUCCAGCAGCUUCAGAGGCAAGAGCAGUUGACUGGAAUUGGUAGAAUUAAACCAGAAUUAUAUAAGCAGAGGUCACUGGACAAUGACGACGGGAGGAGGAGUCACAGCAAAGCUUGUGGGAAACUGAACUUCAUUUUAAAAUAUGACUGUGACUUGGAACAGCUUAUCGUGAAGAUACACAAAGCCGUCAAUCUGCCUGCCAAGGACUUCUCUGGGACUUCAGAUCCUUAUGUCAAGAUCUACUUGCUUCCUGAUCGGAAAACAAAACACCAGACUAAAGUUCACAGGAAGACCCUGAACCCUGUAUUUGAUGAGGUGUUUUUAUUUCCUGUUCCCUACAAUGACCUUGAAGCGCGGAAGCUUCACUUCUCUGUGUAUGACUUUGACAGGUUCUCUCGCCAUGACUUGAUUGGUCAAGUGGUGGUGGACCACUUCUUCGACUUGGCUGAUUUCCCCAGGGAGUGCAUCCUUUGGAAGGAUAUCGAGUAUGUCACUAACGACAAUGUGGAUCUGGGAGAGCUUAUGUUCUCACUCUGCUAUCUUCCAACGGCUGGCAGGCUGACCAUCACCGUGAUCAAAGCAAGGAACUUAAAGGCAAUGGACAUAACGGGAGCAUCAGAUCCAUACGUGAAAGUCUCACUGAUGUGUGACGGCCGGCGACUGAAGAAAAGGAAAACAUCGACCAAGAGGAACACGCUUAAUCCCGUUUAUAAUGAAGCCAUAGUCUUUGAUGUCCCUCCUGAAAGCAUCGACCAGAUUCACUUGUCCAUAGCUGUCAUGGACUAUGACCGUGUAGGUCAUAAUGAGGUCAUCGGCGUGUGUCAAGUAGGCAACGAAGCUGAGCGGCUGGGCAGAGAGCACUGGAGUGAGAUGCUGUCGUAUCCUCGGAAGCCCAUUGCACACUGGCACUCUCUGAUGGAGAAACGAUGACUGUGGAUAAGAAGACUGCUUGUGCCAAGGACACAGUCGGACAACUAUGUAACAAAGAUCUUAAGUAACUUUUCCCACCUAGCGACACCCAGAUGAGUCCAGUGAUGAAAUACUCAGCUGUAACUGCAGCAAUAACUGGCCCUCUUUCCAAAUGGGAUCUGGUGAAUCUGAAUGGUCCGUCCACCUGCUUUAGGUGACUCAAGCUGAUGUGCUCUAUGGAAGCUCAUCCCUCACUGUCAAAAACCAAAUUGGACUCUAGAAGAAAGCAAGUGGCAUAGUGAAAGUCCUGAGUGCCAAGGCUCUUAGUGACUGCUGCGAGGCCUUUGGGUGUGUGGGCACGAUGCUGGUCCUGGUAGCGGUCAGUCUAACGGGAAGUCACUUGACUGAAUGCCCUGGAAGGACAGGAUAUUUUAAAAAAUAUAUCCAGGUGCUAAAUAGGCAGCAGAUUUCAUUUCAAACUCUACUACCUGUGAGCUAAUGACUGUCUUCAGAGAACAAGUCUACCCCCAAAAGUGCUCCCAUUUUCCAAGGAACGGCCCAAGAGAGUACUAGCCAGGCAAGCCUGGAGGAGGUUCCCUGCAAGGCACAUGAUUCAUAGCAAACUCACUGUCCCCUCCCAUGUACAUGGCAGAAUCCCACUUGGCUAUGGCCAUUCUUCACUGCUAAACCCAGUUCUGGGAUUCUAGAACAUUAUUUCCAGGUAGCCAACAGCCACUUUGUUCCCAGCAGUGUGGCAUUACUAGAAUGAAACGUGUCAUCCUUAUCGGAGAAUCAUGCCUGUCGAUGGCAUGUGCAUUCUGGAAUAUUCUUUCCUGAGCACGGGAGUGUGUGUUAUGAGAUAAGAUUGCUGAGAGAUGACACAGGAUCCACUAAGAAAAGACGUAGCUUUUGGGCUUUCUUGACAUGACUGCCUUCUGGGUAUUUCUGUAUGCAGCAGCCCAGCAUCUAAACUUGGGCAGACACAGACAGACGCUCUUUCCAGUUUCAGACACAUAUCACUUUUGCAGCACUUGGGGAAUGGAAAUACCUACGAGAAUAAUCAAGGCCAAGGGCUCUCCCCAGGGUAGCUCCUCCAUUGCCCAGCAUCCGUCUCGAGCAGUCUACUGCCAGUUCUCCACCUCAUCCUCCUUGCUUCUCCCUCCAUGAAAUGAAACCAAAGGCCUCAGCAUACCCUGGAUGGACCAGGAGCCGUCACCUAGAAGUCCUCUCUCGUUGUGGGUACAGAGCACCUUCCCCACAUACCUACAUCGCUGCUCCAUGACUGCAUCCCCCUUUACUGUCUCCAGGCAGAAUCCAGAAGUGGGCGGCAGUUAGCCGUCCUGAACGAAGCCUUCUCAUCAUUUCAACUCACAUUUCAGUGUAGGUUGUACUGGAUAGAUGCAGCAUCACCUGUUAUUGGAAAGUUCUGGUUGCCAUACACACCUCAUAGAAGAAAUCCUACUGCCAGUGUCAGGUCUUCAAAGGGCGGAGGCCUUUGGUUGUGGAAGGCGGUGUUAAUUUGCUCAAGCUUCGUGCAUUCCCCAGCCUGCCUGAUCCACUCUCAUCUCUUUCCAUCUUCCAUAUACAGGGGUUCAAAGGGAACCCCAAUUCUGCCUAUAUCUGAUAAAAUGAGAAAAGACAUGUUUUUCUUUCCCCGUGGGUCCUCUCUACCCAAUCCCUUCCCAUUCAGACAUCCUCCGUCAUACAAAUGUUUAGAACCAAAGCAUGAAGGGCGAGUGCCAACAGGAUAGUGAACAGAAAUAGUGUCACUAGAUCCAGGCAGAUGCGCCUAGAAGAGUGGUCCCAAAGAAACUAGAACGACUCCAGCGAAGGGUUAUCGGGUAGCCAUCUUGUGAAGCUUUGACAUGUCCUUGGCAAUGGGAGCUCAGGUUGGAGAUCCUGAGGUAUCCAGUUGUUCCCAGCUCAGGAUUUCCUUGCCUUGAGCUAGCAGCCCUCAGUACAGUGAAUAAACUACUGGCUCAAAGAUAGUUUUGCAGGGGGCAUUCAGGCAAAGAAGACUUCCCACGUGGUGGACAGAUGGCUUUGUGGGUGGAUAGCUUUACCUAGUAGCCAGUACAGCUGUGGCCAGAAGCUGGCUAUCGAUUUGAAUUCCCUCAGCUCAUUUGCAACUCUGCCUCUGUUCUCUUGUGUUUGGUUUGGUUGCCCUUUAGUUUCCUAGUAAAUAUUCCUUUUGA